AUGACGGUGACGUACACGUCACGUGUGGCCACCGCUCGGUUCGGAGGCUUCUCGCGGCUGCUGCUGCUGUGGAGAGGAAGUUUCUACGUGGCCGUGGUCCUGGAGCGCUGGUGGGCUCAGUUCCGCUCCCAGUAUCCCCAUACAUCCCAGUACAUCCCAGUUCCCCCCAUCAUAGGUUUCUAUGUGGCUCUGGUCCUGGAGCGCUGGUGGGCUCAGUUUCUAUGUUUCCGCUCGGUGCCGGCUCCGGACGGGCUGAUGCUCGCGGUCGUCGGGAGCGUGCACGGGUCGGACACGCGCGGGAGGCUCCUGCGCAGGACAAUGAUGCGCUAUGGGAGCCUGGCGGCCUGUCAUCACAGUCACAGUGACGUCACAGUUACGGUCAAUGACGUCACAGUCACAGUCAGUGACAUCACGGUCACACUCAGUGACGUCACACUCACCAUCAAUGACGUCACAGUUGCAGUCAGUGACGUCACAUUCACCAUUAGUGACGUCACAAACACGAUCAAUGACGUCACUCUGCCGCCCCCACCCCAUUGGCUCAGGGUUCCUGCCCCGCUCCUGCAGCAGCUUCGCUCCCCCCACAACCAGUUCUGGGUCACGUGUUGGUUCUCGGCUCUGGCUGCUCAGGCCAGGACAGAAGGUCGGGUCAGGGAUGAUGGAGCCUUCAAGCUGCUCAUGGAGGAGCUGAACCGGUUCCGGGCCCACUGCAGCCUCCUGUUCCACUAUGACUGGAUCAGUGUCCCACUGGUGUACACACAGGUGGUCACCAUCGCUGUCUACACCUUCUUCGUCACCUGCCUCAUUGGGAGGCAGUUCCUAGACCCGGCUCAAGGUUAUGCAGGACAUGAGCUGGACCUGGGGCUGCCUGUGUUCACCCUGCUGCAGUUCUUCUUCUAUGUGGGGUGGCUCAAGGUAGCCGAGCAGCUCAUCAACCCCUUUGGGGAGGAUGACGACGACUUCGAGACCAACACACUCAUUGACAGGAACUUCCAGGUGUCGAUGCUGGCAGUGGAUGAGCUCUAUGGGCAGCUGCCGGCGCUGGAGCAGGACAGGUCCUGGGACACCAACAGUCCCAGGGCUCCAUAUACAGCAGCUGCAUCACUGAGACAACAACCGUUCCGGGGGUCAGCCAGUGACAUCACGUUGGCCAAGGAGGAGAUGCAGUUCCUGCCAUUGGAGGAUAUUGGGGAGACCCCCGAGUGCCAUGGGGGCAAUGGGGACAGGCCAAGGGGGGACAGUGUCCCCUAUGAGGACUGGCUCCUGCACCCCAAUGCUGAUGACAUGGUUUAAUAUGGGGGUGCAUACACAGAACACCCCCUUCCUCCAUAGCCCUA